UGUGGGUUGAAAUUCCUAAUGUUGAGUGGGGAUGUCCAGUCACAGCCGCGCAGCUAGCUAGAUGCAACAGCGCUCCUAUACUUUAAAACCCCCGUCCCACUCUCUCGCUAUUCUAGCAGCUUAGUUUAUUUAAGCCAAAUGCAGUAAUAUUAUUAUUAUUAUUAUUAUUAUUAUUAUUAUUAUUAUUAUUAUUAUUAUUAUUAUUAUUUAAAUAAAAAAAGAUGUGGGACAAAGCGACAGUUUUCCUUCUAAAACUGUCCUGGACUUUCUGCCUGGUGUCUGCGAUUGCAAGGCGAGACCUCUUCCCUUACGGACCUCACAGCGGAGACUCCGCUCUCCCAGAAGGGGAUGACGAGACGUCCGAAGUGCUUACCUUGAAGAGACCGCUGUAUUUCUACGAGACAAAGUUCAGCGAGCUCUACGUGGGCACCAACGGGAUCAUCUCGCCGCAGGAUUUCCCUCGGGAGACGCAGUACGUGGAUGACGGUUUCCCAACAGAUUUCCCAGUCAUCGCCCCCUUCCUGGCCGAUCUGGACACGAGCAACGGGAAGGGAGCGAUCUACUACCGGGAGGACGACUCCACGGAGGUGCUGAUCCGGGCAGCCGAGGAAGUAAAGAGAGGCUUCCCCGAGAGCACCUUCAGCCCCACCGCCGUCUUCAUAGCGACCUGGGACAGCGUGGGGCCGUACGAGGAGCUGACGCGGAACUCGGUGCCUUCCAACAGGGUGAACACGUUCCAGGUGGUGCUGGCCUAUGACGACACAGACACCUUCGCCCUGUUCCUGUACCCGCACAAGGAGCUGCAGUUCUACGGCACGCGCCCCAAGGAGUCCUACAACGUGCAGCUGGAGCUGCCGGCGCGCGUGGGGUUCAGCCGGGGAGAGCUGAGCUUCAUGUUCCUGCGGAAAGAGGGGCCCUUCUACAGCGUGACCAGCAGCGAGCAGACCGUCAAGAACCUGCACCAGGUCGGGAACACCGGAGUGCCUGGGCUGUGGCUCUACCGCAUCGGGAGCAGCUUCCCCCUGGAUAACGUGGUUGCUGCGGAGGCCGGGGGUGCUCAGCCCGGUGGGGACUCUGUGGUGACUCUGGACAGUACCCUGAACAACCCGGGGCAGCCCAGCCAGCCCGAGCCUGACUACCCUGAACAGGACUACUCUGAGGAGAUCUACGAGGAUGAGGACGGGCAGGAGGAGGAGGAGGAGUAUCCCACGCCUUCAUAUCCAGAGCCCCCGGAGUCCAGUAACAACUACCCCGCCAGUGAAGACCCUUCGGAACAGCUCCCAGGCCCCGUCCCUGUGGCCACCCAGUCCCCCUCUGAAACUGACACUACCCAGCUGCCUGAACACCACCUUAAACAUGAGCCCUCUUACCCCCAGGCUUCCUACCCUGAUCCCUCUUACCCCCAGGCUUCCUACCCUGAUCCCUCUUACCCCCAGGCUUCCUACCCCGAGCCCUCUUACCCCGAUCCCUCUUAUCCCGAUCCCUCUUAUCCCCAGGCUUCCUACCCUGAGCCCUCUUACCCUGAGCCCUCUUACCCCGAUCCCUCUUACCCCCAGGCUUCUUACCCUGAGCCCUCUUACCCUGAGCCCUCUUACCCCGAUCCCUCUUAUCCCCAGGCUUCUUACCCCGAGCCCUCUUACCCCAAUCCCUCUUACCCCCAGGCUUCCUACCCCGAGCCCUCUUACCCCGAUCCCUCUUAUCCCCAGGCUUCUUACCCUGAGCCCUCUUACCCCGAGCCCUCUUACCCCAAUCCCUCUUACCCCCAGGCUUCUUACCCUGAGCCCUCUUACCCUGAGCCCUCUUACCCCGAGCCCGCUUACCCCCAGGCUUCUUACCCCGAGCCCUCCAACCCCCAGCCCCGGGAGGCAGACGUGCAGGCAGUGUACCCAGAGGGGGGUGUCAUCCCCUUGCCAGAGAGCAGACCCCCCCACACACAGGGCAGGAGCGUGGUCAGCGUGGAUGAAGACGUGGACGUGGACGCUGGAGUGUUUGUGUACAACACAGAAAGCAGGGAGACCUGCGCUCAGUUUGAGGGGCAGUGCUCGCGACACGCCUACUGUUCCGAUUACUUGUCGGGAUUCUGCUGCCAUUGCCAGUCGGGUUACUAUGGAAACGGGAGGCACUGCCUGCCAGACGGAGUGCCCCAUCGCGUGAACGGGAAGGUGAGCGGGCGUGUCUUGGUGGGUGCCACGCCCGUGGACCUUGGCAGCGUGGACCUGCAUGCCUACGUGGUGGUGAGCGACGGGAGAGCCUACACGGCCAUCAGCCACGUCCCCGAGCCUGCCGGCUGGGCGCUGAUGCCCCUUUCCCCCAUCGGAGGCCUCUUUGGCUGGCUCUUCGCCCUGGAGCUGACCGGCCACGAGAACGGAUUCAGUGUCACGGGUGCUGAGUUUGCCCGCUAUGCCGAUAUCACGUUCUACCCUGGGAACGAGAGGCUCAGUAUCAUCCAGAAAGCCCAGGGCCUGGACUCUCAGAACUACCUGACUGUGAGCACUGAGAUCCAGGGGCAGGUGCCCUUCGUGUCCCCCGGCGCCACUGUGCAGAUGGAGCCCUACAAGGAGCUGUACCAGUACCUGCCCUCAGUGGUGAAGUCGUCCUCACUCAGAGAGUACACCGUGCUGUCUGUGGGAAGUGGCUCCCAGACCUUCUCCUACCAGCUGAGCCAGAACGUGACGUACCAAGACUGCCGCCACCGCCACAGGAGCCUGCCGGACACGCAGCAGCUGAGCGUGGAGCGUGUCUUCAUGCUGUACAACAAGGAGGAGCAGGUGCUGAGAUACGCACUCACCAACCAGAUCGGCCCUGUCAGAGAGGACCCCGAGCCCGUGGUUGUGAGCCCCUGUUACGAGGGGACCCACGAGUGCGACAUGACUGCCCAGUGCAUCCCGGGUGAGGGAACCCAGUACCAGUGCCGGUGUGCCACCGGGUACAGAGGAGACGGGCGCAACUGCUAUGAUAUGGACGAGUGUGCGGAGGGCCUGAGCAGCUGUGGGAGUCACUCCCUGUGUGUGAAUCUGCAGGGCAGUCACCGCUGUGAGUGCCAGAGCGGGUAUCACUUCACUGUGGAUGGACGAACCUGCAUCGACAUCGACGAGUGCGCCAGUCCCAGGUGUGACCCCCACGCCACGUGCUUCAACACGCCAGGCUCCUUCCACUGCCGCUGUGUUCCGGGCUACAAGGGGGAUGGGCUCCAGUGCCUGGCGAGCCCUGAGCCCACGCAGCCCCCCAGGACGGCCUGCGAGCAGCACAGACACAGCCUGCAGGGGGAGCUGAGCCCCCGGGGGCCCCGCCCUGCCGUGGGGGCCUACGUACCACAGUGUGAUGAGGAGGGCAACUACCAGCCGCUGCAGUGCCACGGCUCCACAGGACACUGCUGGUGUGUGGACAGCAGGGGGCAGGAGAGGCCCGGGACCAGGACCCCCCCCGGCACCCCCCCGACCCGCUGUGACCUGCCAGAGCCCACGCAGCCCCCCAGGACGGCCUGCGAGCAGCACAGACACAGCCUGCAGGGGGAGCUGAGCCCCCGGGGGCCCCGCCCUGCCGUGGGGGCCUACGUACCGCAGUGCGAUGAGGAGGGCAACUACCAGCCGCUGCAGUGCCACGGCUCCACAGGACACUGCUGGUGUGUGGACAGCAGGGGGCAGGAGAGGCCCAGGACCAGGACCCCCCCCGGCACCCCCCCGACCCGCUGUGACCUGCCAGAGCCCACGCAGCCCCCCAGGACGGCCUGCGAGCAGCACAGACACAGCCUGCAGGGGGAGCUGAGCCCCCGGGGGCCCCGCCCUGCCGUGGGGGCCUACGUACCGCAGUGCGAUGAGGAGGGCAACUACCAGCCGCUGCAGUGCCACGGCUCCACAGGACACUGCUGGUGUGUGGACAGCAGGGGGCAGGAGAGGCCCGGGACCAGGACCCCCCCCGGCACCCCCCCGACCCGCUGUGACCUGCCAGCCCCGACACAGCGCCCCGAGAGCGUGUGCGAGCGCUGGAGAGCCAGUCUGCUGGAUCACUACGGGGGCAGGCCCGCCCCCCACCACUUCAUCCCACAGUGUGACGACCUGGGGCUCUUCAACCCCCUGCAGUGCUACGGGGACAACAGCUACUGCUGGUGUGUGGACCAGGACGGCAGGGAGCUGGAGGGGACCCGCUCCCAGCACGGAGUCACCCCGGCAUGCAUCCCGACCGUGGCUCCUCCCACUCUGCGGCCGACCCCGCGCCCCGAUGUGACCCCGCCCCCCGCCGGCGUGGUGCUGCUCUACGCUCAGGGACAGCAGAUCGGCUCCCUGCCUCUGAACGGGACCCGGCUCAGCAUGGACAAGGCAGCCGUCCUGCUGGCUCUGCAUGGCUCCAUCGUGGUUGGGAUUGACUAUGACUGCAGAGAGAGGACGGUGUACUGGACAGACGUGGCGGCUCGAACCAUCAGCAGAGCCAGCCUGGAGCCCGGGGCUGAACCGGAGAGCGUCGUCAACUCCGGCCUCCUGAGCCCUGAGGGCCUGGCCGUUGACUACCUGCGGAGGAGCAUGUUCUGGGUGGACAGCGGUCUGGACAAGAUAGAAGCAGCCAGGCUGGAUGGUACAGAGCGCCACGUCCUGUUCGACACGGACCUGGUCAACCCCAGAGCUAUAGCGGUGGACCCUCGGGGCGGUAACCUCUACUGGACAGACUGGAACCGCGAGGGCCCCAAAAUCGAGACCUCCACGGUGGACGGAGCCAACAGGAGGGUGCUGGUCAAGGAUGACAUCGGGCUGCCCAAUGCACUGACCUUCGACCCCCUCAGGAAGCAGCUCUGCUGGGCUGACGCUGGCACCAAGCGACUGGAGUGUGCGCAGCCAGAUGGCACAGGAAGACAUGUGAUACACAGCAACCUGAAUUACCCCUUCAGUCUGGUCAGCUACUCCAACCACUUCUACUACACGGACUGGAGAAGGGACGGGGUGAUGGCACUGAGCAGAGACACCAGCCAGUUCACGGACGAGUACCUCCCUGAUCAGAGAUCCCACCUGUACGGGAUCACAGUGGCCUACCCUCGCUGCGCUUCAGGGAGGAAGUAAUGGUGGAGCUAACGAGUGAAGUCUAUGCAGAUCUGUUGCUCGAGGGGGGAAGAGUACAUUUGAGAACACUUCCAGAGGAGAAGAGAAUUUGAGUGGAAGAUGGACAGGCUGGAGCGGGUGGGGGGGUGGAUUUCCAGGAUUGGAUGGGGGUCGUUUUUUAAACAGAUUUCAAACAAAAACAAAUCCUCGAACAAAAACCUCUUGUAAAAGUUUUGUAAAUUUCUUCUUUUUUUAUACCUCAUUUUUACUACUGUAUUUGUAUGUUUUUAAAAGAAAAAAGAAAUAAAGAUCGACAGGCCUGGAGAACAAUCAUAACGAAACAAAAACGGAGGGAGGGAGGGUGGAAGGGAGGGGGCAUCAGCCACCACAAGUGCUGCUUGUUUCUGUACCACUACAGGCAGCAUUGCAGUUAUGUAUUAACUGUGCACUAAAAUACAGCGAAGGCAAGAGACUCAAUGUCAAUGGCUUGUUAGCAUUGGUCAACAUCUAUUACUUUUUUUUCUGAGUCCUGUUUUUUUUUUAAAAGUGAGUUCUCUUACUAUUUCUAACAUUAAAGAUGUGAUCAAUGCUGUUGUA